UGCACUUGCCAUCAUUACAUUACGAUUGAAACCUUUCUCCUUAGUUCUCUCUUACGAUCUUUCAAGAUGGCUCCUCGUGAUAAAAAACCAAAAAAGUCCAAUGAUGAUGAUGAUUUGCAGAGGAAGAAGAGCUUUUUCAAACAGAGAUUUCCUGGUUUUAAGAAGAAAGCCAAAGAGCUCUCUGUUCUUUGCGGUAACUCUGUUGGUUUCAUCUGUUACGGUCCUGACAACGAUCUCCAUGUUUGGCCUCAACCUCAAGAUCAUAACCCACAAACCCUAAUAGAAAUUGUGGCCAAGUUCAAUGCGUUGAGUGAUCAGAAGAGGAAGCAUCACGCAUGCGAUCUCUACGACUUCCCUAAUCUCAAGGGUUUAUCCGGUGACGAUUUGAGGAACCAUCUCGUUAACCUUGACUCUCACUUAGUUGGAGUCAAGCAACAAAAGAUAAGUAUCAUGAAACGAAACUUGAAGAUGCCCAAGUCGAAGGAAACGGAAGAGGAUGAUCAUCUUAGGGUUUCAGACAACAACGCCACCAUCUCAAACCGCAAGGUGUCUUCGUCUGAAGAUCAGAGAUUAGGGUUUGGUGGUGUAUUUGACGAGUUGGGUUACGUAUUACGUGGCUCCCACGAAACUGUUUCCAACAUUGGAUCUUCUACUGCUUCGAAGGUUUCUAGGGAUGUUGGUAGUGUUACGGAUUCUUCUCUACUUGAUCCUUUCACGUUAGGGUUUUCCGGGGAUUAUUUCCCGGCGGAUCUUAUGGCGGUCACAGAUAAUUUGGGGGUUUGUGCCAACAAUGGUGUUUGGGAUCCUUCUUGGCUUGAUUUUGAUUUUUCGCCGACACUAUUUACUGAUGAUUGGAAUGUUUCUGGCUACAAUCCACUUCUGGGAGCCACUGAUUCUUUUACGGCGAGCACUUACCAAACGCCAGUCACAGAUUGUUUAGGGUCCGUCUUCUAGAUUAUGCUUUUGAGGGCAUGAUAACUACUAAGUAUUAACUAGGGUUUGAGAUCUAUAUAUGUAAUUCACCUAUAUAUUCUCGGUGACUGAUCGAUUCUUGUAGUAUCUUGUAUGUGUUGCUCCAACGCAAAUCCAUGUUUGUAAAGUUGGUAGCUUUUUUAUUAUCAAGUGAAUGAAUGAAAUUUUUUCAU